AUGAUUUUGACAAGCUCAUUUCCCGCCUUAGCCGGGGUCUUGAAACUUUGUCGAAUCUGCGGUUGGUUCAGGUUGUCUAUUAGCUGGGUUAUUUUACUAAGCUUGGCUGCGUCAGCAGCCUCUAGGUUUAAAGAGGAGAGGACUCUCUGGACGAGAUCGGUCCGGGGGGAAUGUUGGGAGAAGGUGGCCGGAAAGAGCCUGACCUUCAGUUUGAGGUCUUCGACCCGCUCGUCAACGGGCGCGGGAUCCCAUCCCCAUCGCCGAUGGGGGGUUUACCUCUUGCGCCUCGGAAGAGGCGUUCUGUGGUCUUCUUCCAGACGGCCCCGCUUGCUCCACGACCGUAGUCUGGGCUUGCCCAGCCACGGGAAUCGAACUGACUUCUUGUUCUCCACAGUUUGGGUCGUACGAAGAAGUCUCUGUGUCACUGACGAGAACUCUUUCGAGUCAUGA